AUGGUCAUCGAGUAUCAGAAGGACGCAGAGAAUGCACUUCCGCUACUGCAACUGGUCUGGAUCACCUUCGUGGUCUCGCACGAAAUAAACACAACGCUUCAUAUACAAGGAGAAAAGGGACCUCAAUAUGUUUUUGAACCCAUCGCAUCUCCGUCUCCUGGCCAAGGGCAGAAUGCAACUUCUGUGCCACAAUCUCAGCUAGAAUCAACAAAGGAAGAAAACCCUACCUCAGUACUUCUGGAACAAUCUAUUCCCGAGUGCAAGGAUGACAUCAACCAUGACAGUUUAUUCGACCGGGCCUUUCUCUGCCCCACGGCUGGUUCUCUCUACAAGUUAUUUGAAAAAUUUGAAGGAGCGAUUCAUAGCAUGCGCGUCAAAAUCACGGUGGAGAAGGUAGACGGACAGCUAACACUGCAGCCUCCUCCAAGUAUCAGCAUCAUCUCGCUUUUUCUUCAGAACGCGAACAUAACAGAAAUAUCUCAUGAAACGGAAGACCAGGUUAUAUGCGAUUUUAUAUCUAAUCAGUAG